GGCACAGCAUUGUGACAAGAGAUUUCCAAACUUUGUCUUAUGGCGAAACCAGUUAGGUCCUUUUUCAAAUAUAUUUGGGAUUUGGGAAAUUUGUGGAGCUGUCAAGUUUAAAGCCUGAUAAAUUUUGCAACGUUUAAUUUAAGGAUUUAUGAAUUGCGCUGCGCUAGCGGUUGGGGGAAAACGAAUACUAGUAACCCUAUCGCUGUCGCGUCUUCCUGUAUCAGCAGUUAUGCAGUUUUAAAUUCCAUCUGGGAAAAAUUCUCACUUAACCAUCCAUAGCUUACUUUGUUAUGAUUCUGCUACUCUCGGAUCUCAUUUCUUUCGUGUUGGGUGAUCCUUAUUCCGUAACGCCGUAACCGUUCCUUGUAGAAAGUGUCGGCGUGUAGAGAAUCUGAUUGUUAUUCCCUGGCAGACUGGCAUUACGCGUCGUCAUGAAAUCCGGACAGUUUUCUCUGGUCUGCCAGCAGCGCUCUGUUGUCUUCCUAGUCACUUGGAUCGUUCUCUGCCUAAUAUGGGUUCCGCUGUUUACCUGGACGAUAAGUGCCCUCGAUCCUUCCAACGAUGUCGCGGUUUUGGUGAACGAAAGCGGAGUUAUGGCUAUUCGGGAUGGCUUGAUGUUCACUGAAGACCGUUCGAGUUGUAAUCAGUUUAAUCCAGAAACAGCCGGGACUUUUCACACUGAAUUUGGCACAUUCAUGACCACGGGCACGACGACAUGGCUGUGUCGAGGACCUGCUGUAAUAGUUAUUGCUCCGGAAAUGAAAAAAGAAGCCACAGCUGCAUUGCAUGUCGCACUGGAGAUGAAAUAUUCUGGGAAAAUACGGAAAGCAUCCAAGUUAUUUCAGCACGCUGUGGCUUUGGAUCCCUCUAAUUCCGAGAUCCUAACCGAAUACGGGACUUUUCUGGAAGAGCACCAAAAAGACGUCCUGAAAGCGGAUAACCUGUAUUUGCGAGCGGUGCAUGCUGAUCCGAAAAAUCACCGGGCUUUGACAUUGCGCGUCCGCACGCAACCUUUGGUUGAGGAAAUCGAUCAGAAGGCGUUCGACCGGAUCGACUCGAUGAUGCACGAAUUCUACGGCAUUCCGCAGUGGGAUGCGAUGAUGAUCCGCAAGAAGCGGGCAGCUUUCCUGUGGCAGCUCUAUCACUCGGUGGCUAUCGAAGGAAAUACUUUGUCGUUUCUUGAAACCAAGCAAGUCGUCGAAACACGCCUGGCAGUGGGUGGAAAAUCCGUGAUGGAACAUAACGAAAUUUUGGGGAUGGAUGAAGCGCUGAAGUAUUUAAACGAAACGCUCCUUAUGAGGAUUGGACCGAUCCGCAUGAUGGACAUUCUUGAUAUGCAUUUGCGGAUAUUGGGUUUUAAUGAUCCUGUUAAUGCUGGGAAGUUCCGGAAAUCUCAGGUGUUCGUCAGUGAUCAUAUUCCUCCACUGGCCGAGGAUGUGCCUUUACUGAUGGAAGAAUUCGUUGACUGGUUGAAUUCCGAUGAUGCAGCACAGAUGCACACAUUAAAAUUGGCUGCCUUGGCACAUUAUUUCCUCGUGCAUAUUCACCCGUUUGUCGAUGGAAAUGGCCGCGUUGGACGUUUAUUGAUGAAUUAUAUUUUAAUGCGAUCUGGAAUUCCACCUGUGGUUAUUCGCGUGUCAGAACGGAAUCUCUACUAUCAGCACCUGAAGGAUGCGAAUGCCGGCGAUAUUCGUCCUUUUAUCAGGUUCAUUACGAAAUGUACCGAGAUGACACUGAAUGAGUAUCUGUAUGCGGCCAACGAUAUGGAAAUGUUUGCGGAGUAUCCCACGCUCCCCGGUGAUGAAGACAAUGGCAAAAUUAUUCUGCCCGGUCCCAGCUCGUUGAUGGACUUGAACAGCGGCUUUGGUGAAGAGUUUAUCACUUCGUUGUGAUGUUCUCUGUAGUGCUUCCUUGUUCCUGCCACUGUUUUCAGUGUUUCUUCGCACAUUCCUCUUUGAUGGUAUUAAUAAACGGGUGAUAACUGUAUAUGUGCUAAAAGUUUUAUGGAUUUUUGUUUUGUGUCGACAUACAAGUUUUUUUUUUAAUACGUUUUGAUGUCUGUUAAGAAAGUUUUUAUUGAGUUGGUGAAUCAGUAUUGACUGAAGUUUUAAUAAAAAGCUAUGGAUA